CAGUAGUAAUAAUAAUGAUAUCUCAAGCUAAUGCACUUGGAGGAAAUGAAACAGAUUUCCUUUCUCUACAAGCCUUCAAGUCAAGAAUCCUUCACGACCCAUAUUCAACCACCAGCUCAUGGAACAAUUCCACCCAUUUCUGCCAGUGGGCUGGAAUUACCUGCACUAACAAGAGCCAGAGAGUCCUAGUCAUAAACUUGACAGACAAGGGCUUGUCUGGUUCUCUGUCCCCACACUUGGGAAACUUGAGCUUCCUUCAAGUGCUCAAGCUUGGUAACAAUACCUUCAAGGGUAACAUACCUUAUCAAUUAGGUAAUUUGUUGAGAUUACAAAUCCUUAAUCUCAACAACAACUUACUUCAAGGACAAAUCCCACCCAAUUUGUCUCAAUGCCUGAACCUCACUUACCUCAAUUUGGCUUACAACUCACUCAUGGGUAAACUGCCUCAAGAGUUGACCUCCUUAUCAAACCUCACUGACCUUAUCAUCCACGAUAAUAACUUCACCGGAGGUUUCCCUCCUUUCAUUGGAAACUUAACCUCUCUGCAAACCAUAUCAGCAUCUUCGAAUCCUUUUGGAGGAACUCUUCCUGAUAUAUUUGGGCGAAUGAAAAACUUGGUAGCACUUGGGCUCGGUGGGACUGGAAUCUUCGGUACCCUCCCUCCUUCUAUAUAUAACAUUUCUUCCAUUAACAUCUUGUCCUUACCAGGGAAUAACCUUAGUGGCAAACUACUGCCAAACUUGGGAUUAAUGCUUCCUAAUCUCCAAUUCCUUCAGCUGGGAAGUAACCAAUUUGAUGGACCAAUACCCUCUUCAUUAUCCAAUGUUUCUGGUCUUGUAAGGCUUGACAUGACAAAUAAUAGCUUUAGUGGUAAGCUAUCCAUUGAUUUCUCGCGUAUGAAAAGCUUCUACGGAAUGGUAAUGUGGAACAAUAAUCUUGGAAGUGGGGAACCGGAUGAGAUGCAGUUUAUUGUGUCUCUAGCCAACUGUACCGAUUUGCAGGUCUUGGGUUUUCAGGAUAACCAGUUUAAGGGCGCUUUGCCAAGCUAUGUGGGUAACUUCUCCCAAAAGUUGUAUCAUUUUGCUAUCAGUGGAAAUCAAUUGUAUGGAGAAAUACCUCCUUGGAUAGGUGAUUUAACCGGCUUAACUUUGUUAUCUUUGCGUAACAAUGAGCUAACGGGCUCAAUUCCACUUAACAUUGGUAACCUUUAUAAAGUUCAAAGGUUGACACUUAGCAGUAACCAGCUCACGGGUUCUAUACCUCCUUCCAUUGGAAACUUGACAUUGUUGAAUGACCUUUAUCUUCAUGAGAAUAGGUUUGAAGGAACUAUACCGUCGAGUCUUGGAAAUUGCCAACAACUGACGUGGUUGUACAUUCAAGACAAUAAUCUUUCAGGCACUAUUCCGAAAGAACUCUUUGGAAUUCCCAGUUUGUCGAUUACGUUAAGUCUAGCUAGAAACCGUCUGUUUGGAUCCUUACCCGAUGAAGUUGGGAAGCUAGUACACUUGGCACAAAUAGAUGUGUCCGACAAUGAAUUGUCAGGUGAAAUUCCAAGAAGUAUUGGCAGCUGCACAAGCCUUCAGAACCUUUACCUGCAGGGAAACUUCUUUAGAGGCUCCAUUCCUUCCUCCCUCGCUUCUUUGAAAGGCAUACAGAAUCUAGAUCUUUCGCGCAACAACUUGUCUGGACGAAUUCCCGAAUUCCUUGGUGAGUUUUCCAUCAGUAAUCUCAACUUGUCUUUCAACAACUUCGAAGGUGAAGUGCCCACGAAAGGAGUAUUUGCAAACUUCAAUUCCACGUUGGUUUCUGGGAACAGAAGGCUCUGUGGUGGCAUAUCUGAACUAAAGCUACCGAAAUGCACCAUCUUGAAACCGAAGAAACAUAAAAAGCUUCUGAAAAUAAUACUCAUAGCAGCCUCUGCAACAUCCAUUCUAGUUGGGUUAUUAGUUCUACUGAUACUAUGUUGGUUCAAAAGAAGAAAAGACAGGAAGAAUGUUCAGGAGUCGCUUCCGGGAGAAACAUUCCCGAAAUUGUCAUACGAGCAGAUUCUCAAAGCAACAAACGGAUUUUCUCCAUCAAAUCUGGUGGGAACAGGCGGUUUUGGGACUGUGUAUAGAGCAGUCCUGAACGAUGAUGAGAUGGUUUUCGCAGUCAAAGUUGUAAACCUUAAUCGUCGAGGAGCUUCAAAGAGCUUUAUAGCGGAAUGUGAAGCUUUGAGAAACGUUCGGCAUCGAAACCUUGUAAAGAUCUAUACUUGUUGCUCAAGCAUCGACUUCCAAGGUAAUGAAUUCAAAGCUCUAGUCUACGAGUUCAUGCCAAACGGAAGCCUGGAGAGCUGGCUGCAUGGUAACCUCACGGCUAACACUGCAGCUGGUGAACUCCCCAAGCUCACUCUUCUUCAGAGAAUUAGAGUUGCAUUUGACGUGGCUUCUGCUCUCGAGUACCUUCACCGACACUGCCAGACACCAGUAAUUCACUGUGAUCUAAAGCCAAACAACAUCCUACUCGACAACGACAUGGUAGCUCAUGUAGGAGAUUUUGGGCUCAUGGUUAUGGAGCCAAAUCAACAUGGUAGUUCAAUUGGAAUAAGGGGUACAAUUGGUUAUGCACCUCCAGAGUAUGGGGUUGGAGGAGAGGUAUCCACAUAUGGUGAUGUAUACAGUUAUGGGAUCUUAUUAUUAGAGAUGGUGACUGGGAAGAAGCCAACUGAUCCUAUGUUUGGUGAAGACAUAAACCUCCACAAUUACGCUAAGAUGUCUUUUCCAGACCGCAUAUUGGAGAUUGUGGAUCCGAUGCUUCUUCAGGACAUGAAGGAAGACGACACCAAAUGCCUCGCUUCGAUGAUAAACAUCGGAGUCAAGUGCUCGAUGGACACAACACGAGAUAGAAUGGAUAUUGGUGAUGUGGUGGAUGAGCUGAGUUUAAUAUUGAAAGACAGAGAAUCUACUUCAUCUAGAUAAAAGGUUCAAUUUAACUAUACUUCUUUCUUCCAUCUGAUUGAAUGUAAACAUUUGAAUAUGUAAUUAAAUGAUCACAAAUACUCUUUCCUUUGA